UGUUGUGAAAAGCGCAAUAGAAAUAAACUUGACUUCACAUAAUGCCACUUUAAAUGAGCAGGACAGGAGAUAUUUCAGGGUCAGAACUAAUGUGGGUUUACAUUUUUAAUGUGUAAGUAUUUUAUGUUCAUCUAGUGAAAGUCUGAGUGUUUAUUAUGCUGUAAAAUGAUGCAAAACGUGUUUCCGUAACGACAUGAAUGCUCCGGGCUUCCGUACGUCAGGUACGACGUCAUUAGAGCGCGACAACAGAGUGACUACAGAGAUGCUGCAGAGGCAACAAACAAGUGUCGCAUCAAAUUCCGUUAUAACGAGAAGAUCAAAGUCGUUUCGGAGAUCAUUCGAUUCAUCCUGGACUUUUAAAGGAAACCAGAAGUAGGAGUUGAAGCGCUGACAGGAAGCUCACCAAGCGCGAUUCGAGAUCCAGAAGCUCCACACCGGGACUCACCGUUUUUAGGCACGAUGGCGCUUUCGGAUGCGGAGAACCUGAACGGAGAAGAUGGAGCAGGAGAACCCGAAGUCAUUUCCAGUGCCAACGUGCUGGCUGCUUUCACUGAGAGUGCGGAGAUCCGAGACCUAAUCUCCAGCCUGGUGGACGUGCAAGAUGACUGCGCAGCUCAGGAGAACACCAUCCAGAAAUUCAUGGUUAUAAUGAACCGCUAUCAGGAACAACCACAUCUCCUUGACCCUCAUCUGGAGUGGAUGAUGAACCUGCUGCUGGAACUGAUCCGGUGUGAAACGUCUCCUUUGCUGCUCGUCCACCUCAGCUUUAAAUUCCUCUACAUCAUCUCAAAGGUUCGAGGCUACAAGGUGUUCAUGCAGUUUUUCCCACACGAGGUGGCGGACAUGCAGCCGGUGCUCGAUCUCCUGUGCAGGCAGGACCCGAGGGACACUGAGACAUGGGAAACCCGCUACAUGCUCCUGCUGUGGCUCUCUAUGACGUGCCUCAUCCCGUUCGACCUCUCGCGCCUGGACGGGCUACAGAGCUCCGACCCCGAGCAGAACCGUGAGCCCAUCAUGGACCGCAUCCUCUCAGUCGCCAUGUCCUACCUUCAAGUCAGCGAUAAAUCCAGAGACGCCGCAUCGGUGCUCGUGUCAAAGUUUGUGACGCGGCCGGACGUGAAGCGGAAGCGUUUGGGUGAUUUUCUGGACUGGGUCGUCGGUAUUAUUUCGCAGUCCAGCGACCUGAGCACGUCGGGUCACCAGGACACCAUCGCCCUGGAUGGAGCUCUGCAGUCCCUGGCUCAGCUUUUCAAGCACGGCAAGCGUGAGGACAUCCUGCAGUAUGUCCCGACAGUGCUUCAGUGCCUGGACCAGAAGAAGAUAGCGGAGAGCAGUCAGACUAUGCUGAGGAAGCUGGCUGUGAAGGUGGUGCAGAGAAUGGGGCUCACGUUUCUGAAGCCACGCCUGGCUGGGUGGAGGUACCAGAGAGGAAGCCGAUCUCUGGCAUUCAACCUCAGCCAAUCGGAGGCUUCCGGAAAUGUGCUGGACGUAAAACCCGAUUUAGGGUCCAUAACCCCAGAGGAGGACUACGACAUCCCAGAAGAAGUGGAGAAUGUCAUUGAGCAGCUGCUGGCGGGUUUAAAAGACAAGGAGACGAUCGUGCGCUGGUCUGCCGCUAAAGGUAUUGGAAGAGUUACUGGGAGGCUGCCCAAGGAGCUGGCAGACGACGUGGUCGGCUCAGUCCUGGACUGUUUUAGCUUCCAGGAGACAGAGAAUGCAUGGCAUGGAGGUUGCCUUGCUCUAGCGGAACUUGGUCGUAGAGGAUUGUUGCUUCCUUCACGCCUCUCAGAUGUGGUCCCUCUGAUCCUGAAGGCCCUGGUGUAUGAUGAAAGAAGAGGAGCCUGCAGUCUGGGCUGGAACGUGCGAGACGCUGCGUGUUACGUGUGCUGGGCGUUCGCUCGCGCUUACGAACCCAAAGAGCUGGAGCUGUACGUCAAUCAAAUUGCCAGUGCUCUGGUCAUCGCUGCUCUGUUCGACCGGAACGUGAGCUGCAGGAAAGCCGCCUCGGCUGCUUUCCAAGAAAAUGUGGGCAGGCAGGGCACGUUCCCGCACGGUAUCGAUAUCCUAACAGCUGCAGACUACUUCUCCGUCGGGAACCUGAACAACUGCUAUCUGACCAUCAGCGUGUACAUCGCGGGCUUCGAGGAAUACACCAAGCCCAUGAUCGAUCACCUCGUGACCAGGAAGAUCAACCACUGGGACGGGGCGAUCCGAGAGCUGGCCACCAAAGCCCUCCACAACCUCACGCCCCGGGCUCCGGAUUACAUGGCGAAUACAGUUUUUCCGCAGCUGUUGCCCAUGGCGACAGGGAUGGACAUGCACAAACGCCACGGAGCGAUACUCGCCUGUGCCGAGAUCACGCACGCCCUCUAUAAACUCGCCGCCCAGAGCAACAGAUCAGUCACUGACUUCCUGUCCACAGAAUCCAUUCAGGGUCUCAAAGCGAUUCACCAAACGCUGUCAGACAGGAAGCAGUACAGGGGGUUUGGUGGAGAGCUGAUGAGGCCAGCAGUGUGUCUCCUGAUCGAGAAACUCUCACUCUCCAGAAUGCCUUUUAAAGACGAUCCGGUCAUCGACGGCUGGAAGUCACUCAUAGACGACAGUCUAAACGCCAAGCAAAGCAUUCAGGAGGCAGCAGUGUCAGCUCUCGCGGCUCUGUGUCAGGAGUAUUAUCAGCUGCAACCCGGCAAGGCUGACACACACACACAAGAACAGUUGGUCAGUAGGUAUCUCCUGGGGUUGAGGAGUGCUGAGGUGCAGCUGCGCUGUGGCUGUGCUUUAGCUCUGGGUUCUCUCCCAGUCUUCAUGAUCCGCAACAGACUGCAGCAGGUGUUAGACGGCCUUCAGAAUGCCUGCAGAUACACACAGAAGGAAGACGGAUUCGCAGAGUCCCGGAGAGACGCAGCUUCAGCACUGGCUCAGGUGUGUGUGAGUGUAGGAGUGUGUGCCCAGGCCAGUCCAGACAGCGCAGUGUGUGAGGAGAACGUGAACGGUGUGUAUGAAGCUCUGCUGGAGUGCAUGAACGAUUACACCACGGACAGCCGAGGAGACGUCGGGUCCUGGGUGCGUGCAGCGGCCAUGACAGGUUUACAGGAUGUGACGCUACAGGUAGCAGGCUCCGCCCCUGACCUGCUGUCUCCUGCCAUUUGUCAGCGGAUGAUGUGCAGUCUGGCCCAGCAGGCUGCAGAGAAGAUUGACCGUUACAGAGCACACGCCGGAGCCGUGUUCCUCCGCCUGCUCCACAGCACCGAGCCUGUAGUACCCCACAUUCCCCACCGGGAGGAGCUGCUCGACAUAUUCCCUCUAGGUGGUGUGGAGUCUCUGAAUUGGAGCGCCCCGUCUCAGGCUUUUCCUCACGUCACACGGCUCCUGGGGCUUCCAGCGUACCGUUACCACACGCUUCUGGGCCUGGCCGUGUCUGUGGGCGGUCUCACCGAGUCCACGGUGCGAUAUUCCUCCCACUCUCUGUUUGAGCACCUGAAGAGCAUCCAGCAGGAUGAAGCGGAGAUGCUGCAGUUUGCCAACACACUCCUGCUGGUCUUCAGACGCAAUCUCCACAAUGACAGAGUGUCUGUACCUGUGAUGAGGAUGAUGGACCAGAUGUUGGCCAGCGGCUGCUUUGAGAUCUUCAUCCAUCAGGAGAGUCACCCAUUCUGUGUGGAGUUGUUGUCUCUCUGUAAGGAGGAGAUUAAGAGGUCGAAGGACACUAAGAAGUUGCGCUCCUGCGCCUCAGUGUAUUGUGGACUGAUCCAGUUUAAGGGGGACGUGAGGAAGAAGAUCCUGGCGCAGCUCAUGUUACUGCUGUGUCACGCUUUUCCUGUGAUCAGGAAGACGACGGCUGCUCAGGUGUAUGAGAUGUUGCUGAUGUAUGAUGACGUGGUUGAUGCGGCGGUGCUUGAUGAUGUCAUGACCGUGCUGAGUGACAGUAACUGGGAGAGCGAGCUGGCCAUGGUGCGGACUUACAGGAACCAGCUCUGUGAUUGGUUAGGAGUGCCCCGACCCACCCUGUUAACCAAGAAUCCUGUGUAAUAACACCGACAAACCCCAGAGUGAGGGAGAGUCCAGAUCAACUUCCUGUUUAUCAUCUGUUCAGCUCACUAGUGUAGUCGUUUCCUGUUAAUCAAACACCAUGGAUCUUCUCACCUCCUAAUGUUACGCUAAUAAACAUUCCAGCACGUU